GUUCUGGACUCUAGGAUCCGGUUCUGUCAGGACUUUGAGAGCUCUGUGGGUGGGAGGGGCCUCAGCAGGCCUGACAGGAGCUGAGGAUUAGGACUCCAUCUCCCAGCAUGCAGAGCGGCAGGCAGUGAAAUCCCUAAAGAGGAUUUGUGUGGAUCAGAGGCAACAUGCCGCUGAAGAAGGAAGAUACGGAGCGUGCUCUGCAGGCGAUGGAGGCCUGCCAGGCCGACGCUGCUGAUGGGGUCAAAGGUCGAGCUGAGAAACUGCUCAACAUCUUCCAGAGCGACCUGUUCCAGGCUCUCCUAGACAUCCAGGAGUUUUACGAGCUGACUGUUUGUGAGAACCAGACGUCUAGCAGCCCAAACACACCUGGUCAGAAGUACCGUUACCAAGACGAUGAGACUCCACCUGUGGACCCCAGCCCUGGUCACAUGACCAUUGGACGCAGCGCUGAGCUGAGCCACGCACACCUGGACGGAUACACACACCCAGCAGCACUCACCGUAGGUACCAACCCACCCCAGAGUUCCUCUGUUUGAGCUGAGGUUCUGGUUCUGGAGUGAAGGCCGGAUGGAUCAGGGUGCAGUUCUCUGUGUGACCAACAGGAGGCAGCGGCAGCCUGAACCGCUGCAUGUUGGUUUCUAA